AUGGCCUCUCUCGCCAAACAAGUGCAGCACCCAAGGAGGCUCUUUGAGCUGCUAGAAGAACAGCAGGAGCCUUUCUUGCUGGAUGUCUACCUCUUAGAGAAUGGGCGUUCAGACAGGGCAUUGAGGUCUCAGGCCACAGUCUUGUGCUGGCCCAGGAGUGUUUGCAGGAGCCUACCGAGGCAUGGCUUCAACAGGAAGAGAGGUGGUGUACUCAGAUGUAUACUAAAUAGAUUUUUGCAUCAGAAGGUAAUCAGGAAGGCUUUGAGCUGGGAGGGAACAGCUCUUGAGAAUGGAAGACGGAGUGUCCUGGGCUGUUUCUUGGAGAUGGGAAGAGAGAGUCAUGUUGCAGACUGCUAUAGAUUUUCCAGUUCCAGUGCUGCCAAUGAAGGAGAAUUGAAUGGAGAGAUCCAAUGGAAGGUUUUGGAGGACUCCAACCAGCCGAGUCCUAUUUCUGUGCUUGAAUUGCAUUCUGAUGAGGCCUCUCCAACUCGCAACCACUCACCCAGUUUUAAUUUAUCAAAAGAAACUAAGGAAGCUUCUUGGGUUGGUUUGGAAGAGCUUCUUGGGUCUGCUUCUUUUCUUUCUCAGCAUGCAAAGAGCAAGAGGGAGUUAAAUCAGUCACACCAACUUCUGCUGGACCGUGUGAGGGAGGUGGAUAAAAGGAUUUGGGACUCUCAUGAAUAUUUGAGCCCAGAGGGAGCUAAAAGAAUAGUUAAGGAGGAGAUCUUUUCAUGGGAGAAGCAGAGAGGAGAUCUGGCUGACAUAGCCCAGUUGGUAGAUUUAGAAGUCUCGAAGUCUAGAGAAGAAUGGAGGCAUUUCCAACCUGAGAUUGGAGAGAUUGGAAUCGAGAUAGAAGCUGUAAUCUUUGAAGAGAUCAGAGAAGAGAUCGUGCUGGAGAUGCUGGACUUUCAGUGUACAUCAAGGAGGCUGUAAGUCUUAUUAUCAACAUCUAUCACCAUCCCUUCUGUUCCUAAGAAACGCAAUAAAA